AUGCUGAACAAAUUACGCAUAUUUUUACCCCACUCACUCCCGCCGAUUCUCUUUUUGCUCUUCUUGUUGUGGAGGUUGAGUGAUGGGGAUUCGAUGGUAAUGCCAAUUGGACUCCAAGUUUCCUCAGCGUCAGAGGAACUCUAUCGAAAAUAUCUUAAGUCAACAUGUCGAAAAGGAAGCACCGAGCACAACGAUGUCGUCGCACGAGCACACGAGUAUCUGAAUUGGGAGGAGAACGCUUUUCUGGAACAAUUGCGGAUAAAAUUGGAACCGAAAACCGCGGAGGGUGACUUGAGCAGUCUCUACGGCCGACCUGAGUUCAAAAUCUUCGACUAUCGGAUAUUGUCGGCAAAAGUAACCUCUGAAUGCAAGAAGUCCAACGACACCAAGUUGAGCCGAAUCGAAGCGAUCAAGAAAGAGAGCGCGCUUCUUGAGGACGAGAUCGUGAAUCGGGUAUUUUACCAACCCGACGGCCAUCACGAGAUCGAUGAAGAGGAGAUCAAAGAGAAAGAAGCGAAAACGAUAAAAGGA